UGUCGCAAACGAGUCACAAAAAAAGAUGUUUGACUGACUCAGGAGUCGUUUGUUGUGUUGAAGUCGGAAACAUGUCGAAGUGAAACCCGGGGAUCUUGCGAAGGGAAAGCGAAAGUAAGGCGCAACGCAACGCAACGCGUGUAACUUUCGCUUUCGCUCUCGUCGGACGUGAAGUGAAGUGAACGUUCUUUCCAAACGUCCAUGUUGGUGCAGGUGAGAUGAAGAUGGACGAAGGCUCCAGGCUGCACCUGAAGGAGUGGCUGCUGGCGCAGGUGGACUCAGGUGCGUUCGAGGGUCUGUGUUGGCACGACUCCAGCAAGACCAUGUUCAGGAUCCCCUGGAAGCACGCAGCCAAGAAGGACUACAAGCAGACAGAAGACGCCGCUCUCUUCAAGGCCUGGGCUUUGCACAAAGGCAAACACAGGGAGGGACAGGAUCGGGCCAACCCCAGCGUGUGGAAGACUCGUCUGCGAUGUGCACUCAACAAGAGCACAGACUUCCAGGUGGUGCCAGAACUCUGCCAGCAUGACGUCUCGGAGCCUUAUAAGGUGUACCGCAUCCUGCAAGGCGCUGGACCAACUGGUCAGACCGAGUCUGCACAGACCAAAUACAACACCCGAGCUGAGGCAUCGCCACGGAGCCCUGCUUGUCCAGAAACCCAGAACAAUGAGAGAACAUCGGUGGAUCCAACAAAGCAAACAUCUGUCCUGGUUUUUUGUUUUUGUUUUCAAAAGCAAUCGUUUCAAGUCUGCAACGAAAGAGAAGGAGAAGGAGAAGAAAGAGAUGGUGAAGGAGGAGAAGAACCUGACGCGCCUACAAGGGACCACAUGUAUUGUGAGACGACUGGGAAAAAAGGUCCCCUUCGGCACUUUGAUCCUCUGACCUUCUGCAGCUCCAUCCACAGCAUAGCAAACUUCACCAUGCAGGUGACCUUCUUGUACCAGGGCCGCACGGUGCUGGUGAGCACCACCACCAGUCCGGACGGCUGCUUCAUCCUGCAGGGUCGGGGUCCGGUAGCAAGUGAGCGUAUUUACGGGCCCUGCACCGCACAGCAGCUUUCUUUUCCUCCCGCAAGCUCCUUACACAUGUCCGCGCUCACGCUGGAAGCCAUCAAUCGCCUCCUCUGCCACCUGGAGAGGGGUGUGCUCAUAUGGGUGGCCCCCGAUGGGGUGUUCAUCAAGCGCUUCUGCCAGGGCAGGGUGUACUGGAGCGGCCCCGCGGCCCCGCACACCGAUCGGCCCAACAAACUAGAACGAGAGAAGACCUUCAAAUUGCUUGACAACUCAACAUUUCUCAAUGAUCUUCAGCGCUGUUUGCAAGGAAAGGGAACACCGCCUCUUUACAGCAUAGAACUGUGCUUUGGAGAGGAGUACCCGGACCCGACCACCCCUAAAACCCAGAAGCUUGUCAUGGUCCAGGUGGUUCCCAUGUUUGCAGUGGAUCUUCUGGAGAGGUUCAGCUCGGACUAACCAAGAACAAGAUUGACAGUCCUGUCCUAGGUAAUGCUGAGAACAUUAAUCCUGUAAUAAUCCAGCAAAAUUAUUAUUAUUAUUAUUAUUAUUAUUAUUAUUAUUAUUAUUAUUAUUAGGGAUGUCCGAUAAUGGCUUUUUGCCGAUAUCCGAUAUUCCGAUAUUGUCCAACUCUUUAAUUACCGAUACCGAUAUCAACCGAUGCCGAUAUAUACAGUCGUGGAAUUAACACAUUAUUAUGCCUAAUUUGGACAACCAAGUAUAGUGAAGAUAAGGUCCUUUUUUUAAAUAUUAAUAAAAUAAAAUAAGACAAAUAAAUUAAAAACAUUGAAUAAAUAAAAAAAGAAAAUAAAACAAUAUAAAAACAGUUACAUAGAAACUAGUAAUUAAUGAAAAUGAGUCAAAUUAACUGUUAAAGGUUAGUACUAUUAGUGGACCAGCAGCACGCACAAUCAUGUGUGCUUACGGACUGUAUCCCUUGCAGACUGUAUUGAUAUAUAUUAGGGAUGUUCGAUAAUGGAUUUUUGCCGAUAUCUGAUAUUCCGAUAUUGUCCAACUCUUUAAUUACUGAUACCGAUAUCAACCGAUACUGAUAUAUGCAGUCGUGGAAUUAACACAUUAUUAUGCCUAAAUUGGACAACCAGGUAUGGUGAAGAUAAGGUCAUUUUUUAAAUGCUAAUAAAAUAAAAUAAGAUAAAUAAAUAAAUAAAAAAAUUGGAAUAAAAAAGAAAGUAAAACAAUAUAAAAACAGUUACAUAGAAACCAGUAAUUAAUGAAAAUGAGUAAAAUUAACUGUUAAAGGUUAGUACUAUUAGUGGACCAGCAGCACGCACAAUCAUGUGUGCUUACGGACUGUAUCCCUUGCAGACUGUAUUGAUAUAUAUUAGGGAUGUUCGAUAAAGGCUUCUUGCCGAUAUCCGAUAUUGUCCAACUCUUUAAUUACCGAUACCGAUAUCCACCGAUGCCGAUACAUACAGUCGUGGAAUUAACACAUUAUUAUGCCUAAUUUGGACAACCAGGUAUGGUGAAGAUAAGGUCCUUUUUUAAAUGUUAAUAAAAUAAAAUAAGAUAAAUAAAUUUAAAAAACAUUUUUGAAUAAAAAAGAAAGUAAAACAAUAUAAAAACAGUUACAUAGAAACUAGUAAUUCAUGAAAAUGUGUAAAAUUAACUGUUGGGGCACUAUUUGUAAGUGUAUCUUGUGUUUUUUAUGUUGAUUUAAUAAAUAAAAAAAACGAUACCGAUAAUAAAAAAAACGAUACCGACAAUUUCCGAUAUUACAUUUUAAAGCAUUUAUCGGCCGAUAAUAUCAGCAGGCCGAUAUUAUCGGACAUCUCUAAUUGUUAUUAUUAUUUCCUCCUUUACCUGCCACGGAAAACAGCAAAGAGCAGAAUUGGGUUAGGGAAAAUAAUUGUGAAUGUUUUUUUUACGAGAAAUGCAUCAUUUUUCAGUAGACUGGAGCCCCCAAAGUCAUGUCGUCAUGCUGUCUAAAUAAAAUCUGGUGAAAUAUUUGGAGUUUCAUUUUCCUUGUCACGGUGGAACACAUUCAAAACCUUGCAGACAAUGGCCAACGGAAUGAGAAAUUGACCUACAAACCCCCAAAACCA